AUGGAAGAAAGUGAAAAAACGUGGAAAAUGAAUUUUUCAUUGUAUAUUAAUAUACUGAUGUCAAUAUUUGGAUUUAUUGUAGCAAUAAUAUUGAUACCUAGCUUCAAAGAUAAAUUUAUAAAAGCUAACCUAUUUGGUAUUGAUAUGAAUAAAAGGAACGGUGGUAAAGUGCCAGAAGCAUUGGGAGUAGUGAGUGGAUGUAUAUUUCUCAUAACACUAUUUCUUUUUAUUCCAAUACCAUUUACUGAUAAUAUCUUCGAUAAUUCGACUUUUCCCCACCAUGAGUUUGUUGAGCUGCUGGCAGCCCUUCUGUCUAUUUGCUGUAUGCUGUUGCUUGGUUUUGUUGAUGACGUGAUAGAUCUUCAGUGGAGAUACAAACUUCUUCUACCUACAAUAGCUUCGUUACCCUUACUGAUGAUCUACUACGUUAAUUACAAUGGAACUUUGAUAAUAGUACCAAAACCUUUGAGAUGUUGGUUCGGGCUGUCAGUUAACUUGGGUCUUAUCUAUUAUGUUUACAUGGGUAUGCUGGCAGUCUUUUGUACAAACGCUAUCAAUAUAUUGGCUGGUAUAAAUGGCCUUGAAGUAGGACAAAGUCUUGUUAUUGCAUUGAGUAUUAUAAUUUUUAAUAUUAUUGAAUUGAUUGGACCAUUGUGGAAAGCUCAUCAAUUUUCACUCUACUUGAUGUUACCAUAUUUUACAACUUCUCUGGCGCUAUUCAAAUACAAUUGGUAA